CAAGCUGGAAUAUUGUACAACAUUGACGAAUAAAACUGUGCCCAACAUGUAUCAUCCAGAGCCUUCAGAUUCUACUGUUUGUACGAAGGGAUACUUGCAAGGUCCUGGUGAUUUUCUAAACGAAGUUGGAGUGCCUGAAGAUGGUUAUCAUGAAGAACCUUCAUCGACAACUGAUGAAAUAGAAAAUGGAAAUGUCAUUUAUCUACACGGACUUCCGUAUGAUAUACUAAGCAAAGACGAAUCGAAACAUUUACACAUUUAUGCAAAAUCGGAGACAGAACUAGGACCAAUUCCGAAAGUCGUACCCUUGUAUGCAAAUGAAAUAAAGGCGGCAGAAGAUUUCCAAAAGACGACCAAGCACAAACAUAUAUUUUCAUCAAAACAUAAUCGUCAAAAUGGAAACAUUCGGUUAUGGCAGUUUCUUCUAUGCCUUCUGACAAAUCUAAAAUUUAAUCCUUCUCAUAUCAAAUGGACCAACCGGAGUACUGGAGAGUUCAAAAUCCUGAGAAGUAAAGAUAUAGCUCAGAUGUGGGGAGAAAUGAAGAACAACGAUGGCAUGACGUAUGAAAAGAUGAGUCGUGCAAUGAGGAAUUAUUAUAAGGACAGGAUUCUGACACAAGUUCCCCAAAGACUUGUGUACAAGUUUGGACCAAUGUCUGACGGAUGGUAAACAUCCACCAAAUAUAUUUAUGUAUACGUACACUUCAUAUGUUCAUAUUCAUGGAAGCAAAACAUGACAUUAA